UUCAGAAGGAAUCUAUAAAAUUAACUGUCAUCGUCUUUGAAAGCAACGGCAAUCGCAGUAAAACUAAUUGUUGCCGUACUUUCGAGUGUGGCCGCGCGUCCAUUCAACGGCACGAAUGAUAAGUGACUGCUUACGUAAAGAACGUAAACUAAAACGAAAUGUAACACACUGUAUGGCUUCAUGAGCAACUAAAAAAUAAUAGCGUAUUUAAAAUUUGACUUUCGUUAAAAUUGCCCCAGUGCGAUUAUACAUGAGCGGACAAAUACCGACGUUACAGCUGAGACGAUAUGGAUUAGCCUAGUUUACCGUGUACCGUCUAUCAACCACAGGCGAUCAUUUCGCUGCUGUUAAUCCCGAAUUGCUCAUUUGGCCACUGACAGUAAUGUCGUUGCCUGCCAGCCUCUCUGGCUAACGAGUUGCCAUUCAGCUGUGAGCUGAUCAUUAUACGGACGAACCGACGAAUGGACAGACAGGGGCGGCUAACAAUGCUACUACUCGGAACUCGACGUCAUUGUAAAUUCUCCCUCCUUCGAGAGUGCCUUCUGGUGGCCUUCUCUCUCUUUUUUCUGAGCUUUUAGGGCCUGUCGGCGCAAUGGCGAUGGCAGUAGUCUUUCGUGUAACAUGCGAGGUGGCCUGCUGUUUUGCCUCAGCCUUAAGUACCCAUUGUACUAGACUCUCUGGCGAAUCUGUGGCCCGAGACGCCGGGCCGCCCGUCGCGGUGCGGCCAUCUGUGUUUAAUUUCGUCGAUAAUGCAUACAGGCGGAAAACACCAAUUCGGACCGUCCAAUCGAGUAAAAGUAAAAGGGACGUCAAUCGAAGCGGGCUACAUGUCGCUGCAGAAAAAGCUCCCUUCCUCACCACUGGAGGUGAAUUGCAAGAAGCGUCGACGAUGGGGUUGCUGCAGUAUUUCAAGUGCCCUAAUCGGAUUGGUCUUUCUCGUCGCAGUAGUCGUGACAGUGUUCUAUAUCUUCCUUUUUACCGAUCUCGUAAAGCACAUCACUGCGACUCAGGGAAAUAGUUCAGAAAACUCAAACAAUGCAAGUGUAGAGCGGACACUGUUGUCUCGUUUAGCAGGUGGCGGGGGCGUCGGUACGAAACUUCCAGAGCCUGCAACGACAAUGCCUGCACCUAAGCUUAAGGAUCUCAACAUUCUCGUUCUUGUUGUAGACACUCGCAGUCUUAAUGUAGAUGGAGGCGCAUUUAAGAACACCGUCGAUGCUUGGCGUAAAACCGAAGCCGCUUGGAAAGAGAUGCAUGAAAGUAAUGCAAUCAGUGAUCGUCUUACUGUUCGACACUGCCAGAGCUGCGCAGCAGUGGGACUUCGCGACGACGAGCAGGGUACAACAAUAUUCUACACAGUUGAACAUCUAAAGGGCGAAACGCACUCGUUCAAUUUGGUUGUAUUCGUGGCUCAACCCACAUCUCCGGGGGAGGUGUUGGCGAUGCUUACCCGGUAUGGCCGUUCUGAUAACCUUGGCGAUGUGUGCCAAAGAGGGACAUGGUCAAAAACAGGUUGCGACUUCAUCGUUGGAGUCAGAGAUUCAAAGGAGUUUCAGUUGCGGGAUAGAAGCCACAAUCAUCAUCAUCAUCUUCAAAGGCAUCCGUCUGAAGGAAGCAACACGAUGACAUUCACAAUGUCGUCACCUUCAUCUCGUAUAGACAGAAGCUCGCCCCAAUUUGCUUUUCGAGUGCAGGCUCUGCCAACAACGGAGAGCACGCUGCUGGAUAUUAAUAGCACAAUCGUCAUGCAAAAGGACGCAAGCACGUUUAAGGUGCUUAUCCAUAGACCAAUGGUCAUUAAGUGAUUUUCACACAUGAUUAGGCAACUAGAGACUAAGGACACGUAAGGAUGGAGCCUUUAAAGUUCAGUUGAGUUGAGACAAGGAAAGAAAGUGAAUGUGUAGGCUUCAACCGGAGUCCAUAAAGAGUGCCUAGAGUUCUUUUUCGCAUGCUUUUUUCUGCUAACGUGAUCGUAUAAGUUAACGCGGUAGAUAAUCUUCUCCGGACAAUGCUAAUGGCUUUUAUACUUAGCCUUGUGAUACACUGUAAAGUUGUUAAGUAAUUUAUAUAAAUGCGAAUGUAAGUAACGGCAAUGUACAAACAUCGAAGAAAUGUUAAAUGUCUGCUAAAGGCAUCAAUAAACAGAUGUGUAGUUAUAAGGAAAAACAACUGCGUGAAAACACUACAUCUUAGUAGUUCGCCAUCAUACAACCAUUUAGUGACUUCUACCCCAUAUAACAAAACGCAUAUAUAUAUAUAUAUAUAUAUAUAUAUAUAUAUAGAGAGAGAGAGAGAGGGGAGAGAGAGAGAGAUGAGAAAACUUACAACUUAGCGAUGUCACUUUGGAUCCUUGCCGCCUGUAUAUAGUCGUGUAAAUAACAGAUUUUAACUGACUGAAACAGUCAGUGGAUACUAUUAAAGUAAAUAAAUGCAGACCGC